GGCCCGACAAGGCGACCCAAUUGGACGACGUCGAUCGCUCGUUGCCAUGAAUCACGAGUGUCCAUUUCUCCACUUGCUGCUCUAUAAAAACCGAUCUGAACCGUUCCAUACAAAUCAAACCGAAGUCGAAGGCAUCGCUGAAGUGAUAGAGAUUUGAGCCACACACACACCACUCUCAUUUUAUCGGAGAUGGGCGCGCACUCCUACUUCCAAAGGAGCCCGAAGCUCCGGUCAUGGCAGCGAUGCUCACGGCACAUUCGAGAGCAACGAGCACGGCUUUAUAUUAUAUGGAGAUGUACAGUCCUCCUCCUAUGUUCGCAUGAUUGACGGUCAGUGAUCAACGGUGGCGAUCAAAGAUGCGGUCGUGGCGAUCAGCAGGGGAUGUAUAAGUUGUAAGUCAUGCCAUUGCACCCUUUGGAGUUUCAGUACUGAUGGAGUGUGGAGAUUUCAAGCUUUGAGAAUGGAUGACAUAAGUGGUGUGGUGAUCGGAACCGUUGAUUCUGAAUGACGUGUGGAAUUUUGUGGAAAGAUGGACGGCGGGAGGCGAGCGGCCGAGAAAUUUUGGUUGAAUUUUGUAAAAUGUGUAGUGAUGAGUGUGAUGAUGAUGAUACUGAUACAUGUAUGAUAGUGAUGAAACUGUUAAUAUAGUCAUUUUGCAGUUGCAAU